AUGCCUGACGUGUACGAGUCGGCGGAGUCGGAUGCCUUGAAUGACACCUCGAACGGUGCAGCGCAACCUGUCCCCACGCGAUCCAUUUAUGCGUUAACCCGCAAAGAAAUAACACGUGGAAUUGCGAAUCGCUUUGUGCACUCGCACACGUACAUAUUUCUCUACUUGUCCAUGGCAGCCCUGUCCGUGACAACCGUCGUGCUCAGUCUGUCUGAUGGAUGUCCAGGGUUGUCGUUUUAUAUAUUGGAAAUCAUAAUUAACACGAGCAUGAUCCUGGAGGUCGGUGUGCGUUUUGUUGCGUUUGGUCGGCAAUUCUGGAGAUCACCGUUUAAUGUGUUGGAUCUUAUACUCACAUUGUUCUGUGCGGUCACUUUGUUGGUAAUAACAUUUGCGGGGUGUGGAGCGGGGAGUAAGGAAGAAGAGUUGUUGGACACUCUACUGCUUAUUGCACGUAAUGUCCUGCAAUUUGGUCGUCUCGCAGCGGUCAUGCGACAGUCCGGCCAGUCGAUAUUCUCCAGGCCAAAACCAAUCGAUAUCACCGCAAUCAGGAGAGCAGGCUAUACUAGCCUCGACUAUGAUUUGGAGGAUGACAAUCAAGAUGAUGAUCCAGAACUGGGCCAACCAUUGGUACAAGAUGCAGUAUUAUUUGAUGCACAAGACGACGAGCUACCCGCUCGCAUGUCAGAUAUGCCACGGGCCGCGCAAGCUGUGCACGACCGUGAUGACGAGGAUGUCUGGGCGGAGUUGGGUUGA